GUUGUUAAGCUUGUGCCAAGACCGAACCACUGCCAGCUGGAUGUUAGUAUCUUUUUUUUCCUUUUUGUGUACUUUGUUUUCAUUGAAAUCAAAAACAGAAGCGUUACAAAUUUGAUGGGAACAUCAUCCUUGCGUGGUUUUGACCUAGCUUGCUCAUGUUUAACUUCUUGUCUUGUUUCAAGGUGGAUGGGAAUUUCGGCGCUUAGCACUCGAAGCAAUGGCAACUUGACAACGUGUGGUGGAGUUCCUGACUUGUCCUCACAGCAGAGAAACGUCUGCGAGAAUAAGCCGGACCUGAUCCCUACAUUAAGGCAAGGGGCCAGUCUGGGGAUCUCUGAGUGUCAGAAACAGUUUGAAAAAGAGCGCUGGAAUUGUUCCACCACCAAUUCCUCGUCCGUGUUCGGCGAGGUCAUAAACAUAGGUAAGUGAAUGCCGUUACUGAUUAGAACACUUGUAAAGUUUCCCCGAUGCCCUAACAAGCUUCAUCUCUCUCGUGACAGGAAGUCGAGAGGCAGCCUUCGUGUAUGCAAUAACAUCAGCUGGCGUAGUUCAGGCGGCCAGUAGAUCGUGCCGGCUUGGACAUCUCGCUGAAUGCGCAUGUGAAACGCGAAGAAAGAGAACACAGCCAGCGAGGGGAUGGGAGUGGGGAGGUUGUAACGAUGAUAUCAACUUUGGAAUACAGUUAUCCAAGAUGUUCGUCGACGCACCUGAGUACAGUUCGCGCGGGGGCAUCGUGGACAGAAAGAUGCGCUCUCGAAAAAGGGCAAGCCGAUAUCUCAUGAACCUUCACAAUAACGAGGCAGGCCGACUGGUAGGUUAUUACCAUUACUUACUAUUUACUUUUAGUUAAAUUACACCGAUCUUCGAUCCGCGUUCUUAAACCUAAGAGGAACAUUUGACGUGGGAGAUUAAAAACAGCUGGCUCAGCAAAGAUUAUUGUUGUCAGCCCUUCAGUCCAAAUUGCGCAUGUUUAUAGUCUAAGUAUGACUUUUCCCUAUCGAGUUUAGAUGGUUAUCAGUUAUUAUACCAAUGUGAUUUCAUUUUCAAUAUGAUCCUUUAAUUGUCCCAGUAGUUCACACCUAAGUUAGGUUAAUGAGAAAGUUGCCUUGCGGAAUUCUGUCUUUCCUUGAUUAAAGCCAAUAUUUUCCAGUUCUUUACUUAUACGACCUCGCUGAAGUUCAGAGUUCUGAAAAAAGAAUUUUGAUACAUUUCGUAGAUUUUUCGAAUGAAGAGCUCAGUGAUGGUAGGACUGCAUGUAAUAAGAUUAUAGUACCUGCUAUUAGUUUUGAUAGUUUUCAAAGGCAUAUCACACUAAAGCCUGCAUAAAGAGAUACUAAAUAGGCUAGGAGGGACGUGUAAAUGGCUCUUUCUUUUAAAAGAAGUUGCUUGCAGUUUUAUCGUCCAUCUCUUCAUGAUUUAAUGAGCCGAGCAUAUGGAUCUUGUUUUGGUCAGCUCUCAUAUAGUCAUUUACUAAUUAAAUAGGUCUACAUUCUUAGUGAGAUGGAGCCAUUUUGAGAUAUGUAAAAAAAGUUAGCCGAAUGAAGUUGAUAUAGUAUGUUUGUCGUAGCACGGGCGAGUUCGCUAUUUAUAACAUUUGAUGAAUUUUUGGAGAGAAAUUCUUGUUAAGAAGUUUUUUUUGCGUGCAUUUUAAACUUUCCUGCUAUGUCUGUGCAAAUCACAAGGAGCCAAUCACAUAUCAAGUUCCCCAUUAAUUGUUAGCGUGGUAAAAUUCUUUAGAAAGUUUACUCAACGCAAUUAGGUUUAACUUGAACGGGUAAACUGCCUCCUCUUUGCUUCUCCGUCCACAAAAGUCGGUCCUUCGUCCAGCGAGAUUUAUUCCCCAUCUUUCUAGUCAUUGAAUGUACUGGUUUCCUUCUCCUUUUCGCCACUAACAGAAUUAGCUGUUAAACACAUUAUAUUAGGUGAAAAAGAUAGCCUACGUAAACGAUUUUGCAAGUGGUUGUAACAUUCGAGCUGCAUGGCGGAUGUGGAGUUUCCCGUGCCGCACAAGUCGCUGCUAAUUUAAUUUUACCACAUGUUAGAUAAUUAUAACAUCGUCCAGUUUCGAAAUGAUUACGUCUGUGACUGUCGAAUGUGAAAAAUUUUCGUCUGGUUUGGUGAAAUGCCCUUCAGUUGUAAGGGUCCAAAUCAUGAGUUAUGGUCCCUCCCUAGCUCGUUAUCGUGGGUUCCUGCAUUUUUGGCUCCUACCCUCGUGGAAUAAUUCAUCAAAGAACCAAUGUGUUUUGCACGUGUUUCAAGAGAAAAUAGCAUCGAACUUGUUUUGCGACUCGUACCAUUUGGAAGUUUGCUAGUUUCAGGUCAUAGUUACAUUCGUUGAAUUUAUCUGCGGGGUACAGCGAAAACUCAGCAUGACUUAUAAUAAAUUCAGUUUCGCCUACUAGUAACUAUUUGUCACUAUACGCCUUUGCAGAGUGUAAAACGUUGACCUUAGGCCAAACAAAACAAAAGGAUUAAGGCCCAUUCUAAAGUCUUCGUCUUAAUAACUUGUUACCCUUAUGUCUUUAAUUUAUUCCCGGAGCCCAAAUACUUGUGUAACAAGCCGGUCUGUAACAGUGACUAUUGAGUACACCUUCAAAGAUCACAAGCACAUCCAAUUCCAUCUGUUUGGGGUUGCCACGAACUUUUCUGAUCCUAAACAAUUUAUCACUUUUAGCCGGGGGUUUCUUACGUUCGUUGCUAGUUACAACAUCUUGUUUUAAAAGCCGUCUUUAGGAAUAAAGACUUGGUAAAAUACGGAGCAACACCUAUAAAUCAGUUGACAUAACUAUAUAGAGUUAUCAGUUUUAAUUUAAAAACAAAUCACAAAUUUUAAAUUUAGCUUAAGCGAACAAAGAACUGGGAGGAGCUUGGAGAUCAUGUAGCCUUUUACACCUCAACAGGAAUAUUUUCCGAUUUCAAUCGAUUUCAACCGGCUCUUUUUGUCGUUUAGUUAUCUGCGGCAAAUUCGAGUUCUUGCUUCUAGUGACUAUCCUUUUGCGUCAUUCAUAAACAUGUGAAAUAAGGAUUAACGAUGUUUUCUGAGGAGUUUAACCGAUGUUUACAUAGUUGGACAGCCGUACUCCGUGCUCUAGAACUUAAAAGGGUUGUUGUAUUGCAAUUGUUUUGAAGCAUUUCAUAAUUGUAGUCGUUUGUCGUUAUGUGACUAAUAACUUUAAGAUUUCGGUUGUUGAGAUCUCGUAAACAUAGAAUAAAUAGCCUUCUUUUGACUACACUGUGGUACGUGAUUCGUUAAACAACAUUGUACUGUCAAAUCCUGACCGAUGCUAAUUCGAUUUUUGUGUACUUUGGAGGGAUUUGAUGUUAAAACAGCGGCAAGGAAAGCGGUACGUCGGAUAUUGCGUAUUGUUUAAUUUGUUGCCGCUUGAAGUACGUGCGACACGUAUACUAGUUCGGCCUUUUUUACGUAGUCAAGAUUUGUAUCCGUAUUUUUCUAGGAUUAGAAUAGAAACAGUUUGCGAUCCAUUCAUCCAUUUAUUAAAUAACUGCAGCAGUAUUCCUGUUGAGAACUCAAUUUCUGUUUGGUAUUUCACACGACUCAAAGCAGAACGUAAGCGAUGCGCUAUUAACAAUUACCGCUUAAACCUUCUUUGAUCCGGGAGAAAAUGACUUUGUUAUUACGUCUUCAAAUCCCAUAGCAAUUUGUUGUUAUUAGUCAGUAAUUCAAAACCUUUCUCGUGGUAUUAUUUUCUCCUACAAAGUCUCUAGAAAUGUUGUUCAUUUGUCUAUGAAUCUAUGGUUUCUCCUUCAUCUUUAGUGACGUUCCCAAACCAAAUUUUGUGUAAAUCAUAGUUCUGUGAGAGUGAGGUAGCGCAUUUAAUCAACGCACUAUGAGCCAGGCCAGGCUGAAAUUUUCGUUCUUUUUUUCCUACUGUUUAUGCCCCACAACCAUUUUUUUCUUUUAUUUUGCUUUUGAAGGAGCAUCUUCGUUACUCUCCAUUUGUUCACCUCUCUUUGUUAACUUAUAUACUGGAAAGAACCGAACAACCCAGUUAUGCGGAAAUAUGGGGGUCGGCUGGGUGAGGUGUUGGGUGCCGGCGUAAUUAUCAUCAUAGCCGUCAUGAUAUUAAAUGUUUCGGGUGCGGCAUUUACUGUAAUCGCGCGGAACACACGAAAGUGUGACAAGGGAAAUUGAUAAUUACGUGUUUAAUUCUGUGUUUUGCUGUUUCUUUAACGUGGUAAACAUUCGCUUCCGUGUAGGCCUAAUUGAUUGCUUGAUCUAGCCAGUACCCUUGCUGGGUGUAAAGUCAUUCUUGUAUUGUAGUUGUUUCCGAAACUUUUCUUGUGGGCGUGGCGAAUUUUGAAUUGCUUUAUAAAAUAUAAAAGCAACCCUGAUGUUGGUGUCUGUUCCCUACAAAGUCUUUUGUGUUUUCUCAGUCAUAGGCGGCAGAACUGACAAACUUUAGUAUUUGAAAUACGCGGGGACGCAUCUUUUUGUGAACUGCCUAUAAACGUUUUAUCGGUUUUGUGAUAACCGAGUUAUUCUUGCCGGGCUUUAGGUGUGGAUGAUUGCGCAAUUCAACACUUCCUGCCAUGUUCUUACCAAUGUGACUCCUCGCUACUGUUAAUUGAGAGAGAGCGUCCUGUAGAAGUAGAAGGAGUUGGCUAAAAACUCACCCUCUACACAAUAACUUUAGCAGAUAAAAUACUAAAAAGGCUUUACACAAUAACUAAGCAUGUUUGUAGAGGCAGUGAAGGAUUGAAUAGCGGCAUGAGUAACAUUUAACUGAGUACAACUUACAAACCAGAGCGUGUGAACGAAAAGUUGUUCAAUAAAUUAUGUAAGUCUGUGAAAUUUUGUACUAAGUAGGUCCUCUGAAACGUCAUCCUCUUAUAUUAAACAACAGGUAAAGGAACGAUAAAAGUUUUUGUAUACUGAUUUAUCCCACGUUUUACUGGGUUUUCCAUUGUCAUCUUCAUUUUGUGCUGAUGCGCCAUUCUUAAUCGAAGAAGCGUGAGGUUUUGAGUCUCCUAUCCCUUUAAGCAGAAUCCGUAAAUAUUGGCCUAUUGCAUCCGUACUAAACUAUUUUAAACAGAGUUUCUGAUAACGCGCGCUGCCCAGAGUAAAAUGGUGCGUUUUAAAAUAGCGGGGUUGCAAUACUUUUCGUGCAGGUGGGCGAUAACGGAGAUUUAAAAUCGUGAGGCGCCAGUACAGAUCGGUGAAAGCAAUUGGAAAAACACGAGUUUGUUUCCUAUUCGAUGUAGCUGGAGUCUAUUUAUAAGGGUUUGUUUAAAGAGUUAUGUGCUGGGAAAAGGCUAGCACCGCAGUUCGCUUUUUUUAAAAAGACAAAAAUUGAUAGCAGAUUAGCACGUGAGGUCACAAUUUCGAUUUGUAAACCACCAGAAAACCACGCCUUUGGAAGAUUAAUGGUUCUCGAACGAUUCUUAAUAGAUUCUUUGUAAAUUGGCCGGAUUGGGUGGUCUCAAAUUAUGUUGAAAUGCCCACGACUUGAAACUUUUCCAUGCAGAGUGACUGGUAAAUUUUACGUGUAGCUACAAUCUCAGGCAAAAACCCCAAGACGCUUCGUAAAUUUUCGCUCCCUUUUCUCUCUGCCUUAAACAGGGAAAAUGAUUUUUUGGCGAGAAAUCCGUGAAGACUAUUUAUACAAUCUAGAAUUUUCUCGAAAGCCUUCACGUAUGUUAAAUCACUACUUUCUUUCGAUUUCAUUUUCCUAUUUGAUUCACCUUGUUGGGAUAAUUGAGUCGUGACUGAAGUGCUGAACUCCAUGCAUUUCGUAUAGUUUUAUUUUUUUUAUCGUGAUUUUACACUGAUAGGCAUCAGCUAGAACGUCUCUCAUUAAUUAGGAAUAUGUGACAGCUCAUUUGACCUCCUAACCAAUAUGCGAUAUUCGGCUCUCAUAUCAUUACGUUGUUUCCGCGUUAUUAAUGUUUUUCAAGUUGAAAUUAAAAACAUACACACCGCAAUCUUUGCGUUACACGCACGAAGAAGAAACUACGCGUAAGGACUGUGAGCUUGCCUGUAGUUAGGUCUUAGUUUUCUAGACCUACACUGUCCGAACGUCGAGUCCAGGCCGCGAAGCAAGCGAAAGAGCACGACCUAGAAAAUGAAAUAGAAUCCUUUACUUGAUAGUUAGCAUAUGUGUGUAUGCUUCUUUGCACGUGCGAACAAGGAAAAACAAAUUUGUCAAAUUUAUAAGCGCAAACACCAGCACUAAAGACACUUCUUUUUCACUUGACUCCUCUUUGCUCUUUCGCUAUCUUAACCUUUUAGACAUUUUAAUAAGGGCGCCAGACGUAGUGGCAAUAAGUUUAGACGCCUCUGCGUUUGCCUCAGUGUCUGUUGGUUCUGCGUUAGUUACGGACCUUAAGAUCAGAGGACGGCACCGGCAGCGAAACGUCGCUUAAAAAGUUCUUUCAAUCUUCAGAUGUACAUGUAGGCGAACUCUCCUUGAGUUGAAUUUCUAAGAACCAUAUCGAAGUUUAGAAGGAAAAAGAAAAUUUUGCCAUGGCUUUUUCGUGUCCUCCACAAAACGUGAAAUUAGACUUUUGCACGGUUUAGUCGUGCAAAAAAGCAUGAUGUUCGUGAAGAGUUGUUGCUUUGCUAAUCAAACCUAUUGGUUUUUUGAAGUGCACCAUAACGGUAUUCAGAAGCUUGCUUUCAGAGCGCUAGCUCUUUGUGGGCCGUGUAGGCUUUAGCUUUGUGGUGGUUCUCUUGGUGCAAACACGGUAACGUAAAAACAAUCAACAACAGCUUCAUUUAUUAGCACCAGCAGAGGAUACAAUUGUAGAUUGAAAGACGAAAGAAACGUAGUUAAUUCUACCGUUCCAUCAUAUCUUCAUUUCCUUAAAUUUAGCUGUGUAUUAUUGUUAUUUUAAUCGGCAACACCUGUACAAAAUGGUAAUACUGAAUAAACUUGUUGUUGUUGUAUCAGUAUGUGCGUGUUACAUAUAAUCUUGUAUCAAUGACCUUGUUCUACACGGUUUCUGACACGGUUCUUUGACCAAUAAAAUAACUAAUCCCGAAUCACGAAAAUCAAAAUUUCAUUUCAGUUUUGGAGUCAUGAUAUUCAGCACGUCUUUUUUCAUCUUCCGGAGGUCUCGAAACUGAAAAUCACGAGAAAAGAAAAAGUAAUGAAAUCACGCAAAUCGACUACCAACAGGAAUUUUUCUCGGGGCACGCUCAGCUUUUUGGUCACGGAAAAAGAAUGAUUUACUAAAUUCACGAUUCACGAAAAAUAAAAACAGCUAAUCACGCAUGACGAAAAUUUCCCUUCACUGCUCUCUUCACUCUCUUUUCACUUUUCUUAGUCAAGAAUAACCUAGUUGGAAUGUGGACUAAGCUUUGGUUGAUUCCGUAUGUUUGAGUGUUUGAUAAUAUUUGAUAACCUUUAGUUCACAAUUGUUUACAAUUGUCCAUACAGGCAGUACAAAGUUUGGUCAGCAAUGAAUGCCGUUGCCAUGGUGUUUCAGGCUCCUGUGCGGUGAAGACCUGCUGGAAAACUGCACCAAGCUUUGCUAAAGUCGGCGAUGCUCUAAAAGCCAAGUAUAACGAUGCCGUCGAAGCGAUGGUCAUCAAAAAGAAGAGGCGCCUCCGAAGGAAAGAGAACAAAAGGGUCCGAAUAUCAAGGGACACGCUGGUGUACCUCAACAGCUCGCCCAACUACUGCAGUCCCAACGCCAAGCUGGGUAUUCUUGGGACAUCCGGGCGAGUGUGUAACAAGACCUCUCAGGGAAGAGACCGAUGCGAUGACCUGUGUUGUGGGGGAGGUUACAAUACUCAGGUAGUGCGUGAAGUAAACAGGUGCCAAUGCAAGUUUGUUUGGUGCUGUUACGUGACUUGCAAAACGUGCCAGCGAAUUUAUGAUCGGCACACUUGCAAAUAA